AUGACAGCUAUCAGGAAUACUGGUGAUGCACUUGAAACGAGUACAGCCGCAAGUAAAGAAAAUGGAAGAGGUAGACUAAGGGUCCAAAAAGCGUGUGAGCUUUGCAAGAAGAGAAAGGUUAAAUGCGAUGGUAAUAAGCCUUGCCUAAACUGCUCCAAACAUCAAAAAGAAUGUCGUUAUGAUUUCAAAGUCACAAACCGUCGAAGAAGAAGGCGACAGGCUACAUCACCAAGCCAGGACGUUAGUAAGAAAUAUGCCGAAACCCGUGACGCUUUUUCUAAAGACCUGUUAAAUAAAACAAAUAUUAACAUAAAUGCUCCCUCAGAUGGCCUAUCCUCGUCUGCUAGCAACUCUCCCAAUCCCAAUGCACAUUAUUCUAAUAUACCAUCCACUUUACCCUUUAUGAGUGGUAGACCAAACCAUGCAUUCCAUUCCAGUGGUAACAUAAAUGGAGAGAAUAAUACUAACGCCUUUGCUGAGGACCACAUGGCUAAGUUACUACUGCAAUUGAGUUCAAAGUUGGGGAAUACAACUAACGAAUCGUCAAAUAAAACCAAUAGAGCCGAUGAUAAUGAUGUCAAUAUAAAUCCGACAGUAAUAAACAUGACCAGUAGUCAGGAAGGUGGCAACACUAGCCACGGAUCUGACAUGUGUGAAUCUUCAGAAGCCCUUCAUAAUAACAACAUCAAUUCUAAGGAAAAUAAGAUAAUCAGCUCUCAAAUAACUAAUAUUGUUAAUAGUCAUUUUGCAUCACCCUGGCAGACAUUUUCUUUAGAUAAAUAUAGAUUUCACCGACGCUACCAAAAUAUACUACCUUAUUACCUUGGCGCAUCUAUUUUGAAGGAUUUAUCGCCGCAGACAAUAGAAUAUGCGAAAUUGAAACGGCCAAGAGUCCAAAACUAUGGUUGGAACUUAUCCGGCGGCCAUUAUUUAAAAUAUAACAGUGACUUCAAAAUUCAUGACAAAAAUAUAAGCCAUGAAUCUAAAUUUUUCGACUUUGAUGACCCUAUUCACUUAUCUUUAAUCAAUAAAUUACUAAGAUAUUAUUUUGAUGAAAUCAAUCCUGUGUUCAGUAUCAUUCAUGAAGCAACAUUUUGGCAACAAUAUAACAAUAAGUUUCUACGGCAAGGUAAACAGAAUAACUCAUCCGCGAAGUUGUUCACCUCGAUACUUUAUCUUAUUUUGUCUACUACACUAAGAUUCGGAGAAGGGCAUCUAGAUGGUCAAAAAGGACAAGGAAUCUACAGUGACUCGUCUUUAAAUAUCACUCUCGAAGAAAAAUCUGUUUUGGUCAAAAAACCUUCCAUAGAGGAGAAAUUAUUCAAAUAUGCUUAUUCGAUAAUCAACACACUGACCUUUGAAUGGGAGUCAUUUGAAUUAAUACAAUCGUGGCUUUUGAUAACCUUCUAUUUUAGAACCUGUUAUAGACAAACGGCUUGUUGGAACGCGUUAAGUCAGGCAGUAAACAUGUGUAAUGGGAUGAGUCUAUAUCUAAACAAGUUUCCUGAGAUUCAUUCCACUUACGAUGAAUCAAAAGCGUGGCAUUGUUUCUGGUGUUGCUUUAUAAUGGAUAAACUGAUAAGUUUUCAAAUGGGUCGGUAUUACCAACUAUCAUUGCCCGUUAGUGAGAUGUGCGAACAGAUGAAUCUAGUGAAAUCAAAGAAAUUCUUGCAAGAAGAAGAUGAUUGGUUUCAUCAGGAAACUUUUCAAAUGCUAGAUUUAUCCAUAAUAGUGACGCAGUUUCUAAAAAGAGACGCGCAGGAUUUAAAUUUAAAUGAGACUGUACAAUUGCGGAGUCAACUUGGUCAAUGGUACGACACCUUUAUAGCUAGCAAUAAAAUCAAUGCGUAUGACGGCAAUUAUCGUUGCUUCUACCAAGUUCAACCAUUCAUGACAUAUCUGGAUAUAAGAUUGACUUUCGAAGUAAGACAGUUAUUUUGUCUAAUAACCCCUUCAUCUACCACAAAUAAUAAAUCCUUAGAAUAUGUCGUGGAUACUCAUUUAUUAAUUUCCCAUUGUCAAAUGGCUACUGAGAAUUUGGUUGAAAUUACGAGAAGCAAUGUCUUCUUUGUCCCCUGGUGGUUAAACCUUUCUCAGCUAUUCACGGUAAAUUUGAUAUGCAUUAUCUACCUGCACGCAGGGAUUGCCUUGGCACAAAAUAAAGCCAUCAUGCAAAGCUGCCAACAAAUUUGGCGAACUCUAGAGUGCUCUAAACCAAAAAAUCCAUCUUCAAUGCUUCCUGAGUGCUUAUGGUGUUUGAAAAUGCUAAAUCAUAUGUUUUGUAUACGGCUGAGAGAUUCUGCCUUGCAAUUGGAGACUACUCUCGGAACUGACCAUGGUGAUGACACCCCUAACAAAAAUAAAUUUGAGCAGUUCAAGAAAGUUGGUGACCACGAUGCGGAUAUCGAAGUUGAUGCUGAUGAGAGGGAAGAAGAAAAUGCAGAUGAAAGACAAGAAAAUCCGCCCAAAAAUAACAGAAGAGUACCAUUAGUUUCAAGAUCUCAUAACACCACCAACUUCAACGAUUCAAUUGUGAUUCCUCCGGCAAGUGGUGUAACAAAUCUAGGCACAGAUGUUGGAUUGCCCUCAGAUGUGCUCGAUGCUGUCAGUAAAAUAGGGAACUCUCCAGACGUGUUUGAUGAUGAUUUGUUUUCCAAUUUACUAUGGUUUGACCAAAAUUUUGCAUAA